GUGACGUCACGGCUAACGGCAGCAGCGGAUGUCCGGUCAGAACCACUUCACCUCAGAACCGGAAGCUGGGGCACAGGAUCACUGACUCCACUGAGAAAGCUGCAGAUCUGUGUGUGUCUGCCUGCGUGACCCAGAGGACACACACUCCGUGCGUUGUCUGUUGUCGUGGGCUCAGCGAUGACUCACGGCCACGGGAAGCUGCUCCUGCAGCGGCUGCACCAGCAGCGGGAGAUGGACUUCCUGUGUGACAUCACCAUCAUGGUGAGGGAGGUGGAGUUCCGAGCGCACCGCAACAUCCUGGCUGCGUUCAGCAAGUACUUCUCCUCCCAGGCGGCCAAGGGUCAAGAGGUCACGACCUUGGACCCGGACAAGGUCAGCCGCUACGCCCUGGAGAAGCUGCUGGAGUUUAUCUACACGGGCCAGAUGAACCUCAGCAGCACCAGACAGGCCGGCGUGCGCCAGGCCGCGGCGUUCCUGGGGAUGCCCGAGGCCAUGAAGUACCUGGAGGAGACCCCCAGCUGGUCCGAGCUGGGCGAGACCUCCCAGUCCGAGGCCGAUAAAGAACCCGGUCUCUCUCCUCCCAGUCCCGGCUCGGUGGGAAGCCCCAGCUCCCCGGUGCCCCUGUCCAUCGUCUCCGCCACGGGGGGGUGGGAGGAGGGGGGGAAGAACGGCAAAGAGCCGGAGGAGGAGGAGGAGGGAAAACAUCUGGACGAGGAAGAGAGGAGCAAAAGUGACGAAGAGUACACGCCCACCACGCCCAAGGCCCGGAAGAGAGGCCGGCCCAAGCGUCUGAGCGGAGAGCAGCCGGAGGCCAGCAGCUCGGCGGACGGGACCCCCAAGACCCAGAGCUCCAGGGGGAGGGGCCGGGGCAGGGGGAGGGGCCGGGGCAGGGGACGCGGGAGGGGGAGAGGACGAGGAAGAGGAGUUUCUUCAAGAGAAGAUCUGUCUGUAGAAGAUUCAGACACGAGCGUGAAGGACUUUGGAGACACGUCUGCAGACUGGAGUCCGUCCCGGGAUGAAGAGGGUGUGGCCAAGAAGCCUCGGCUGAGCAGCGGCGAGGGGCGGGGCCGAGGCCGCGGCAGGGGGAGGGGCAGAGGGAGGGGCCGAGGCCGCGGCAGGAGGAGGGCUCAGGAAGAGGAAGAGGAGGAGGAGGAGGAUGAUGAUGAAGGUGAGGAGAGUGGCUCGCUGGGAGCUGAUGAGGACAUGGAUGAUUUUGGCGAGGAGGACGGCGAGGUGGUGGAUCAGGAUCCGUCGGAAACAGACGAGUUGAUGCUGUCGUGCACCGAGUGCAACAAACUGUUCAAAGACGCCAGCAGCCUGCACCGCCACGAGAAGAUCCACAAGGGCCUGAAGCCCUUCAUCUGCAUCUUCUGCUCCAAGAAGUUCAGACAAGCCACGCAGCUGAAGACUCACCUGCGCAUCCACACAGGUGAGAAGCCGUUCAGCUGCUCCGAAUGCGACAAGUGCUUUGCUCAGAAGUGUCAGCUGGUGGCUCAUCGCCGGAUGCACCACGGCGAGGAGAAGCCGUUCACCUGCGAGCGCUGCGGCUUCAAGUUCGCUACGUCGUCCAACUACAAGAUACACAUCAGACUGCACAGUGGGGAGAAACCUUACGUGUGCGACAUCUGUGGCCAGGCGUUCGCUCAGUCCAGCACGCUGACCUAUCACAAGCGACGCCACACGGGAGAGAAGCCGUACCAGUGCGACCGCUGUGGCAUGUCCUUCUCCGUGUCCUCGUCCCUCAUCUCACACGCCAGGAAACACACAGGGGAGACUCCGUACAAGUGUCCGACGCCGAAGUGCGACUCGCGCUUUGCGACGUCUUCUGACUUAAAGAAACAUAUGAGACGACAUCACCCGGAGGGAAGCAGCGGCGUGCAGUGUCUUCUGUGUGGAAACCGAUUUGCCAGCGUGAAGAACAUGAUCAAGCACCAGGAGAAGGCUCACGCUGACGAGGUGCGGCAGCACAAGGAGAGAGCCAGAGCUGUGGUCCUCCUGGCCUCCAGUCACCCCAUGGCCUUCGUCCAGAACAAACUCUCCCAGGAAAACAAAGGUUUGGUUUCCAUCUCCGAAGUCGAGCCGGCCAACCCCGAGCCCUCCACCCCCGGCCCCAAAGCCCCGGCUCCGCCCACAGAGGGCGUCGGCCACACCGAGUCGGACGACAUCAUCCAGAGCUUGAAGUCGGAGCCGGCCGACCUCCCCAUCGCCGCCGGCGCCGCCCACCAGGUGACCUUCGAUGCUGACCAGGAGCAGACCAUCAACUCGGACACCCUCCACGCUCUGGUGGAGCAGCUGCGGCCGCCUCCCUCCCCCGCCCAGAGUCUGGAGCAGAUCGUCAUCAUCAGGACGGUGGACACCGAGAGCACCCCCCCCCAGCAGUGAGGUCACCGUGGGGACGUUUCUCUUUUUAACACCAAGCGUCCAGGCUGGAGUUCAGAGUUCCAUCCCCUCAAACCGGCUUCAACCGGCUGUGGGUCUUAGGGUAGUGAAGGAGGAAAGUGGGGUUUUACAGCUCUGGUUUUAUUUUUAUAGUUUUGUUCAUCGUCUCGUCUCUGUCAGGAAACCAACUCAUUAACCUUGAAAGAAAACUGGGAUUGUAGAACAUGGCAGAAUCCAGAAAAACCAUCAGGAGGUAAAAGUUCAAUCUGUUUUUAAACAAACUUCGUAGAAAUCCUGGUCUACGUUCAACUUCCUGUCCUGAGCUGCAGGAGUGGGCGGAGCUUCCUGGUUCAGUGACGGAUUAGAGCCGAUUUAUAAUAAAGUGGUUGAAUUAAUCUGGAUUAACCAUCGUCUGAUUGUCUGACGGCUUCUAUUCAAGCAUCAACAGCAACUUCACAUCUCAGUUUUAUUUAUUUGUAUUACUUUUUAAAACGUUGGCACAAGCUUCACAUGUGAGACCUGAGCUGCGAAGGAGAGGGACGCUGUUCUCUGGAGUCUGUCACCAACUCAAACUACAUUUCCACCCGGAGGAAAAGACAAUUACAACAUGAAAUCCAAAAGAAAGUGACCGGAACUCCAGGUUUAGAUCCUGGUGCUGUUUCCACAGGUUGGACUGAACAAAACAUCUCAUGUAAUCUGCAGGUUAUUGUUUUAACAUUAAAUCCCAGUUUCUCUUGGAACGUAGGUGACCUCCUCAAAUCUCUCCCUUAAUGAAUCGAUUGUCCUAAUUUGUUCAUUCUCAUUUCAACUCGGCUUCGCUUCCAGACGUACACGACUCAGACGUUUGUUUUCUCACAUACAGUCGCUCUAGAUACUUUCAGGAGAUUAUCCAGAGUUCAGUCUGUGUCUGGAAGCAGCUCGAAGCAGCAGGAGUCUUCUGGUCAUUUCCUCUAUUUCGCUCGUUUUAUUUUAAGAGGUUUACAGAUUUUAGAACUGUGUGAAAGAUCAACCGGAGUUCAGAGGUCGGGAUAAUUUCAGAAUCUAAUCUGUGCAUCUCUCACAGUUUAAGGUUCCUGAGUUAAAUCAAUUCAAUCUAAGAGGUGGAAACGUUCUUCAAACUCUAAAGCCCUCCUCGUUAGAGCCGUGUCAUGUGACGUCCCUGCAAGGGUCCAAUGUCUUCUUUACGUUUUCCUCCAACUUCACUGAAAUGUCCCGACUUUAAGAGAAACCUGCAGAUUCAUCGUCUUCCUGGACAGAGACGUGUGGCUGGAGCUACUUUCAUUUUACAGCUCAGCUCCAGAUGAGCUACUAACAGAAGAUAUUAAUCAGAUCUAAAUGUUGAUGUGUAAUGGAACAGACAUUGUUUUCAUAGAUAUGUCUGUAGUAGCAGGAGCUUAGUAAUUAUUUUAUUGACCCCACAUCACCUGUAAAUGUAAACCAAUGUUUUUGCUUGUGUCCUUUACUUAAGUUAGCGUUUGCUUUUUAAAGCAACUGUUUCAGGUUUUAGCAGAAAUGUUUGUGCUUCAAGUUUAAGAAAUACGUCACCGUUUUUCUGUCAAACUUGAAUUUAGCUGUUUGCUUGUUUCAUGGUUUUAUUUCAUUUUAUUUUUGGAUCAAACGUCUGCAUCACUUGUACAGAAAGUCCCACCUUCACUACUGUAUCAAAGCUGAACAAGGAAAAUAAAAUGAAACACAAAGUGUUUUGUCUCAGUGGAUGUGACAAAAAAUGA